AUGAAUGAGCUGGAUGCAGAUGUGAGUUCGAGUGAGGGCUUCGGCGUAGCGGAGAGGAUCGUGCUGCUCACCUUCAUCUCUGCCGUUAUACUGAUGGCCAUCCUGGGGAACCUGCUGGUGAUGGUGGCCGUGUGCCGGGACAGGCAGCUCAGGAAAAUCAAGACCAAUUAUUUCAUUGUUUCCCUUGCCUUUGCGGACCUGCUGGUGUCAGUGCUGGUGAUGCCAUUUGGAGCCAUUGAGUUGGUUCAGGACAACUGGAUCUAUGGAGAGAUGUUCUGCCUGGUCCGAACGUCCCUUGAUGUCCUGCUCACCACAGCAUCAAUCCUGCACCUCUGCUGUAUCUCGCUGGACAGGUACUAUGCUAUCUGCUGCCAGCCUCUGGUUUACAGGAACAAGAUGACUCCAUUGCGCAUCGCUGUCAUGCUUGGAGGGUGCUGGGUAAUCCCGACAUUUAUUUCUUUUCUCCCUAUCAUGCAAGGCUGGAAUAGCAUUGGCAUCAUUGAUCUGAUACAGCAAAGGCAGUUCAACAAGGCUUCCAACUCCACGUACUGCAUAUUCAUGGUCAACAAGCCAUACGCCAUUACCUGCUCUGUGGUGGCCUUCUAUAUUCCCUUCCUCCUGAUGGUGCUGGCCUACUACCGCAUCUACGUCACGGCCAGGGAGCAUGCCCGCCAGAUCCGGGUGCUGCAGCGCGCGGGGGCCCCCACCGACGGCCGGCAGCACCACCCAGACCAGCACAGCACACACCGCAUGAAGACUGAGACCAAAGCUGCCAAGACGCUGUGCAUCAUCAUGGGGUGCUUCUGCCUGUGCUGGGCCCCCUUCUUUAUCACAAACAUAGUGGACCCUUUCAUAAACUACACUGUGCCGGGGAAGCUGUGGACAGCUUUCCUGUGGCUGGGCUACAUCAAUUCAGGGUUGAACCCUUUCCUCUACGCCUUCCUGAACAAGUCUUUCAGACGUGCCUUCCUCAUCAUCCUGUGCUGUGGUAAUGAGCGAUACCGAAGGCCUUCCAUCUUGGGGCAGACAGUCCCCUGUUCCACCACCACAAUAAAUGGAUCAACUCAUGUGCUAAGGUGA